AUGACUUCUCAACUUGAUGCACUUACUUCUUGUCCGUCCAUUCCCAGUUCUGAGAAGUUCAAAGUCCAAUUACCUACUGGAAAUGUAGUUUCUGUAUCACAUAAAGAAACCUCAUUAGUACUUAGAAAUAACAAUAUUUCCAAUGUGUUGUACAUUCCAGAAUUUAAAUACAACCUGCUCUCAAUAUCUCAACUCACCAAAGAACUUCAAUGCAUGGUUGCAUUCUUCCCUGACUUCUGCAUUUUCCAAGAUCUCUAUAGUGGUCAGGUGAAGGGGAUUGGUAAGGAGAAGCAUGGCUUGUACAUACUUCAAGGAGGACUUUCCCAGGAUUCAUCAGCAACAUCAAUCAAUAAGUGUGCUCACGCAGCUAGCUUAAAUAAUUCUAUAGAUAUAUGGCAUUGGAGACUCGAGCAUGCUCCUAUUGAUGUAAUAAGGAAGUUAGAUGCUCUUAGUACCCUAAAUAAAGGACCACAAUACGGUCAUAGUUCAUGUGUUUACACACCUCAACAAAAUGGAGUUGUUGAGAGAAAACACAGAACAAUUCUAGACAUGUCCAGGUCUCUUAGAUUUCAGGCAACUAUACCCCUCAGUAUUGUUGACAAGUUCUCACCAAGAGUUAUUCCUGUUGUUUUCCUUGGUUAUUCGUCCUCUCAAAAGGGCUAUGUCUUGUAUGACUUGAAUGCUAAGUCUUCAUUUGUUAACAGAAAUGUUGUCUUUCAGGAAGAUCCCAGGCCUUCUACUGCAGAUUCCUCACCUGAAGUUAGUCCUUCUUCACCUGAGUCUAGCACUACAUCUGAGGGGGACUACACUUCACCUCCUGAAGAUACUAUUAUAGAUAUUGUAGCACUAGAAGAUCCUCCACCUAAUACUCCUCUUGAGACUGAUCCUGUGACUGCCCCACCUGAUGCUGCUCCUAUUCAAUGUCCCUAUCCUAUUUCUGCUUAUGUCAGUUACUCUCAUAUCACUCCCUCAUAUAGCAGAGUAUUGGUUUCCUAUUCAGUUGGUUCUGAACCUCAAUCCUUUGUUGAGGCAGUUACAGAUCCUCAGUGGGUGGAGGCUAUGAGGUUGGAAAUUGCAGCAUUAGUGGAAAAUAAAACCUGGAAUAGAUAUUCAAAAUCAAGUAUAAGGCUUAAGGAGAGGUUGAAAGAUACAAGGCCAGACUGGUUGCCAAAGAUGGAUGUUCAUAAUGCAUUUCUAAAUGGUGAUUUGGUUGAAGAAGUGUAUAUACACAUUCCACAAGGGUUUGCAAGCCAUGGGGAGAGUAAGAAGGUUUGCAAACUCUACAAGUCAUUAUAUAGGCUUAAACAAGCACCAAGACAGUGGAAUAUGAAGCUGACAGAGGUACUUUUGCAGAUGGGCUUCAAGCAGAGUCAUUAUGACUAUACAUUGUUCAUCAGAGAAGCAAAUGGUGACGCAGUUAUUAUUCUUAUGUAUUUGGAUGACUUGCUGAUCACAGGGAACAAUGAUAAGUCAUUGCAUGAUACCAGGACACAGUUGCAGAAGAAGUUCAAGAUGAAGGACUUAGGGGAGCUAAAAAAUUUCCUUGCCAUUGAAUUUGCUAGAUCAAAGGAAGGAAUUCUUAUGUUCCAAAGAAAGUAUGUACUUGAAUUGAUGUCUGAAACAGGUUUAGGUGGUGCAAAGCCCUCUGGUACACCAUUGGAGUUGAAUAAAAAACUCACAUAUGUAGAAUGUGAUAAGUGCAUUCAAAUUACAAAUCAAGAAGGUGAUCAGAAUCUUAAAGACCCUAGCUGUUAUCAGAGACUUGUCCUAAUCCAGUAUAUGCAUUGUCCUAAGGUGUCACACAUGGAAGCUGCUCUCAGGGUAGUUAGAUACAUCAAACAAGCACCAAUCCAGGGGCUACUUAUGCCUGCAGAAAGAGCAGACAAGCUGAUUGCUUAUUGUGAUUCUGAUUGGGCAUCUUGUAUAGAGUCGAGGAGACCAGCAACUGGAUACUUGGUUAAGUUUGGAAAUGCACUGGUGUCUUGGAAAUCAAAGAAGCAAAUAACUGUGUCCAAAAGUUCAGCUGAGGUCGAGUUCAAGAGUAUGGCCUCAUGUGUAGUAGAGGUCGCCUGGAUGAUAGGUCAAGGAACUUGA